AUGGCUGUUAGAAUAAUUAUCUUAACGAAAACACUUCUUGUUGUGUUGGUUCUGGGUUCUGUCUCAAAUAUCACUCAAGCAGCUGUUGGGGAUGAUGAAAACUGUAUUGUGGACAAAACUAAACCUGCUUCAGAUGAAGGGAACUACAUGGACUGUACAGAUGAGUCGCUAGUGGCCCAGGGCAAGACCGACUGCUGUUCGCAGGAGGGCUCCGUUGGCUGCUGCAAGCCUGGCGAAAGAUGGGAUAAAAUGAUUGCCAUUGGAGUAGGUAUAGGAGUGACCUUCAUCCUUCUGGCUCUAUUGUACAUUUACCUUUUUUGGUGCAAAAGGGGCACAGUUCCUUGUCUGGAUCGCUUGUUUGAUAGAGCUCAGAAGAAAUAUUACGCAGUAGAGGACAGUCUACCAUGCUGUGCCAGUAGAACAGAACAGAGAAAGAUGGAGGCUGAGAUAAUGGCGAAGUCUAAAGACCAGCCUGCUCUGUCUCUCCCUGAGGACGUCCAUGAUGAGACCUCAAAAGACAGGUGGUGGGAUGGCCAGUUCAUCAAAAACGAAUAG